AUGAAGUUUAACAAAGACAAAUGCCACACCAUGCGCUUCACCUUGCUACGUAAAACCAUAAACACUGAGUACAAUCUCGGUGGUAGUGCUCUUACUACAGUUUCUGAACAUCCCUAUCUUGGCCUAACUCUUACAAGUAACUUGUCAUGGCAAUCCCAUAUAGACAUCAUAACUGCAAAAGCAAACAGGAUGCUUGGACUCAUCAGACGUAACCUCAGAGGCUGCUCCCGGAAGCUACGGCAACAAGCAUAUCUUUCUCUUGUCCGUCCACAUCUCGAAUACUGUAGUACAGUUUGGAACCCGCACACCAAGAAAAACAUCACCAAAAUAGAAAAAAACCAACGCCAAGCUGCCAGAUUCAUCUUCAACAACUACCACAGCAGGGACAGCGUCUCCAAAAUGAUAGAUGAUCUUCAAUGGGACUCCCUUGAAAAACGCAGACAGGCUGCUAGUAUCUCCUUGAUGUACAAGAUCCGCUAUCAGCUAGUAGCUAUCAAUCCAACCCAAUACCUCAUACCCAUGAUCCCAAGCAGUACUCGAUCCUACCACAAUGUAAAUACCAAACCAUCCCAGCACGUCUCCAGCUCUACAAAUAUUCGUUUUUCCCACGAACAGUCUUGUGGUGGAAUGCCCUCCCCAGCCAGAUCCUCGAGCUCCCAUCCAUCGGGGUCUUUAAGGGGGCGGUUGGAGCAAUCAUUUAGCCACCUCCCAACUUUUUACUCGCACCUUGUACAAUAA